UGCGCCUCCUGCCGGCGAACGCAAGGCAGGGCCUUUCGACCAAGUCGGUAGGUAACCUCCAACUUCUCUACAUGUUCUGGUCCGGCCGGGUUGCCGGUGCUGCUUCUUCUGCCUCCUCCCCUUGCACACCUGUCUUCCUUCUGCCGAUUGGAAACGACCUCCUCCGGCCGAGUCCUGCUAAUUUCUGGCGCAAGGGCCGAUAAAUCGGCCGAAAUCUUCCGUCGUCCAUCCCCGACCCCGUUCCACGGACACGACUCCGAUGCUUAUUUCUUCCCCUUUUCCUCUCAGACUCUACGGACUAGCAACAUGGAGCAAGCCGGCAUCAUCCAGGCCCUGCCCAUCACCCCAAUGAAGGAGAAGGAAUCCCAGCGCAGGAAGAUGAGCACUGACGCCAGCAUUAGUCCUCGGGGGCCGGCGAGUUCCUCUCGUUGCACUCGCUCGCAGGCCGCCGCCGACUGGACCACAUACGAGUUGCUCGUCCUCGUGAACGAGACCGCCGCCAUGGACGAGGACUGGCUCAGGGCCCUCUCCUCGUACCAGAAGUGGAAGAUGAUAUCCGACAACUGCGUGGCCUUGGACGUCAUCCGGUCCUCCUACCAGUGCAAGCGGCGGUGGGAGUCGCUGCUCGCCGGGUACAGGAAGAUCAGGGAGUGGGAGUCCCGGCACGGGGAGGGCUCCUACUGGAGCUUGGACAGCGAGGAGAAGCACAACCUGGGCCUCCCAACUUCGUUCGAUCCGGAAAUCUUUGGUUCCAUGGACACGAUCAUUAAGCCGCAUGAGGACCAGGCUUGGUGGGGCGACGUCGACUCAGAGAACCUUAUGGAUACCGCUGGUGGUUCCGAAGACCUGAUUGUGACCAUGGAGGCAGGAAUGCUGGAUGCCAAUGGUGCUCAAGGUUCCAAAGAGAAUAAUGCAGAGGAUGAGACUCAGAAGAAGAGAGAGAAGGCAAGAGAUAUGGCGAGCAAGCUGCAAGACAAUGCUCGACGGAUACACGCCAUACUCAGAGGAGAGCUGGAAGCUGCAGACAUAGAGUUCACUAGGCGCCAAGCUGAUCAGCUGAUCGAAGCUUUGAGGGAGCUUGUUGGCCCUCUGAACCAGUUUACUGAGCUGAUCAGGGCUGGGAAUUUUGGAGGAAUCAGACUCAUCUGACUCGAUGGCUAUGUGAUGCCCUUGUUUUCCCCAUUUUUGGUUGCAUCAUCUCAUACACUGUUAAUGAAAAGAAAUCCAUCGUGUUAAGCAUGCUUA